AGGUUGCUGUUCGUAGCCUCAUUGUCUCAUUAUGUAAUAGCAACCAUUUCUACUUUAGAAACUAAGUAUUGAAGUAAUCGGGGAUUCUUAUUUCAAAUUCCACUAUACCUAAAAGAAUGAGGGCGGGUUAUCCCCAUCACGUGUCUACCCCACACCUGGAACAUCAUUGCCCCUUCCCCGGCGGCCUCGUCCACCCGUCCCACCAUAAAGCUUCCUUGCAUACUCGCUGACCAGCUCCAAGAUCCAAUCCACCACCUCACAGCCCGCACACACGCACGAGCGCAAGUUGCAGCUGCAACCCAUCCGACACACCCACAAUGUCGACCAUGCGCCUCACAUUCCUAUACCCGCAUCUCUUCCGCGCCGUGCGCCGCGCCGAGUGUCCGGGGCCUGGCGCUGCUGUGCGCCAAUGCGCGCAUUCGGGGAGGCAGAGGAGAGCGGGGUUUGCGGGGACGGCAGGGGGAGGGGCAAAGUUCGCGGAGAGGAGGGGGAAAGGUGUUGAGCCGAUUGUUGAAGGGGAGAAGGAGGGGAGGGAGGACAAGGUCGAGGAGAGCAGUGAGGGUGAGGGACGGGUAACGAGCCAGGCGGAGAGGGCUGCUGAGAAUGAUACUGGCGAUGCGAUUGCGGAGGGGGGUAUCUCAGCUGCGGAUGCAGCGAGGGAAAAGGGCGAUGCGACGGCAGCGCCGACGCCGGUAGUGGAGGAGAAGGCGGAGGUGGAGACCGACAAGUACAGGGACAAUCCUGUGCAAACCACCGAUGACGCACCAGAUCCGAAUGCCAAUCGCGACACCGCUCCUACAGACUCAGUCCUGCACAUGGAUCCCCCGCUCGAGAGCCUCAUCGGCAGCCUCCCGCACCUCGCGCCCGCGCCAUACGUGCAUCAUUUCGACUCCUAUACUUUGACACAGCGGAUCGCCGAAGGGGGUUUCACCUCCACACAGAGCGUGGAGACGAUGAAGAUCGUGCGAGCACUGCUCACAGCCAACCUGGACAUGGCCAAAGACGGGCUGGUGAGCAAGAGCGACGUGGAGAAUGAGACAUACCUCUUCCAAGCGGCGUGUUCGGAGCUGCGAACCGAAAUCCAGAAUGCGCGCAAGGCGAGCGCGGAGGGGAUGCGGCUGCGACGCACAAUGCUGCAGAAUGAGGCGGAUAUCCUAAACCAGAAGAUGACGCAGGAUUUGGCGACGCUGAAGGAUGAGUUGAAGGAGAUGUUCAAUGAUCGCAAGAUGGAGGUGCGGAUGGAGCACUCGAAUAUGGAGAGCCAGAUCCAGGAACUCAGCUACAAGAUUACGGUCGCGCUCAACAGUGACACCAAGUCCGAGGUCGAGGGCGUACGCUGGAUCCUGACACGCCGCGCCGUUCUGGCUAUCGUCUUCAUGGCUUUCGUCGUGCUUUCGAGUCUGAGGCUCGCGAGCUAUCGCAGCCAGGAGGCCGCUCUGGCGUUACAAAAGGCCGAGAGAAAGGAGGAGCUGCAGCGACAGGCGGCGGAGAAGCAGAGGGAGGCAGGGACACAGACAGAGGAGGCUAUAUUGGCGGCUGAGGGGGUGAGCACGAGCUAGGGUUGAGGAGGUGCAUUGGGUUGUAUUGGAUAGAUACCCUGGGGUUGCUGGUGUAGGAGUAUAUACUGUACUGUAUUUAGUUACAUAGGACGUGUUGUGGGUUACUUAUAGAUAUGGAUGGGAAAUGAGACAAUUUAAGAAGACAAAGUAGCAUCUGAUCUUAGCUCACAGUCCAGUCUGCAUGCACAAUAUUAGGUGCGAGCCCUAGCACUAUAUCUCUCGACAACAUCGGGG